GAAACGUUUUCUUAAUUUUUAUGAUACUGUAGUAGCCUGUCAACUUUAAUUCAAACUGAAGGCAAUGAUUGAUGCAGCUCCAGUCAUGAUAACUUCAAUACUCCCGUUCAAAGGAAUCAGAAAAAGACACACAGUAAGAUGAUGUAACUUGGCAGAGAAAGUGCGUGUGGGCACAUGGACCGAGCGGUGCAGUGAGUGGAAGCAACAAUACAGCCGACAAGGGGGAGUUUCUUCUUGCAAAGCGCAUGCAAUCCCUACAAAAAUUCCCGGUGACUUCAGAUCCAAGGAGGUGGUGAUAUUCAUGGGAGCACGAUUCAAACUCUCUCACUUGGAGUAGGAGUAGAGCCUCAGCAGUCCUGGAGCCGAAGCGCUGCUGUCUUUGCGCCUCUUUUCUUGUUUAACAUAAACUAAAACAGAUGGAAUAAUGUUUGCUUAAAAUAACGUUUCUUUUCAGCGCAGUAAGAAAAAAAGUUUUGUAGAGUUUCUCACUUUUGGACUGUGGUUAGGAGCUGAUUUGAUAUCCUGAAGACAUACCGCUUAAUUCUUACCUGGGCAUUAUGAGGAGGUAUCCAGGCUUCUUUCAUUCUUGGGAGAGGAUGACUUGCUGAACUCUUGUAGACUAAUCGCGGAUUUUUUUUAUUUGCUCAUAUUUCAGUGGCUCUAGAUUAACUGUAACUCGACCUGCCCUUUUACGCGGUAAUUUCAAAACUUUGCAUGCUCAAAAUGGACCGUGCAGGAUUUGCUGUUUUAAUGCUUUUUACUGUUGCACUCAUGCAAGUUGGCAACAGUCACAAGGACACAACAGGUGGGAGGAAAGAGUGUGCAGGGGCAGACCGGGCGGUCUGGGACCAGCAGCAGUCACGGGUGAGGAGUCAAGGUCACUUGCCAAGGGGACCAGAGGACCGUGCAUCCUCCAAACCGUCCGGUGAAACUUCUCCUCGGACCAGCCAGUAUAGGACUCUGGUCCGCGUGCCCAGAGGCACAUCAUCCAGAGCUUCACCGGCUCAUGCUGCAGGCGUCUCCCGGGAGGACCAUGCCUCUGCGCCGCGGGAUGGUGCGCAGCGCACCGCCAGACAACCAGUCAGCCUGCAGCACAGAGCCAGAGUUAACCGCAGGCAGAGCAGCAAGUCUGCCAACACAAGGAAACUUGUUGGGCCCAAUGUCUGUGGAGGUCAGCAGUGCUGCUCUGGCUGGGCUUUGGCACCAGGAACCAAUCGCUGCAUAAAACCUGACUGCCAGCCCCCCUGCCAGAACCGUGGCUCCUGCAGCCGGCCACAUACCUGUGUGUGUCGCUCAGGCUUCCAGGGGCCCCGCUGUGAGGAGGUGGCUCCAGAGCAGGUGUACAUCCAUGACGGCGGCGCCCUAAGGCGUGUUCGACCCGGCACCAACCCUUUCCAGAAAGACCAACCACGGAGAAGGCCUUCAGAAAGGCAGGCCAUCGACACCACCAAGGUUCAGACCCCACGACCUGCGACCACCAGGCAGCCUGUGACCCAAGUGAGACGGGGACCCCCUGACUCCUCCCCUCAGCAGACUGGGACCUCCCGCACUGUGAAACGUUAUCCAUCAUCCUCUGGGCCUAUCACCUCGAACGCUCUACCCGGUGGCAACGGCUAUGCUAACGGCCACAGCAAUGAGCACAGGAACCGGCAUGGACACAGAAACGGUCAGAGUAAUGUGCACUCCUUUAACAGUCACAGGCCCACCAGCAGUGACAGCCAGCUGCACGGACAGUUCAACAAUGCACUAUCACCAGCAGGGGCCAACCUCACCUCCAACCUGGAUCGCAUUAAGAUCGUCUUCACGCCUAUGCUGUGCCGCAGGGUGUGCAGCGGCGGGCGCUGCUACAACAGCUGUGAGAGGGGAGACAUCACCACGGUUUACAGUGAGACCUCGCAGCAGCAGCAGCAGCAGCAGCAGCAGCAGCAGCAGCCAAAGAACCAGGGCUUCAGACUCUUCUUCUGUCAGAUCCCCUGUCUUAAUGGAGGCAGAUGCAUCGGCAGGGACGUGUGCUGGUGUCCAUCAAACUCAACGGGGAAGUUUUGCCACCUGCCAGUUUUGCUGCCUGCCAGCCCUCACGGCCACAAGGAUGCCAGCCACCAGGCACCAAAAUCCCCCUCCCACUCCAUGUACACGCUGCCACUGUCCAAUCAGCAAGUGUCUCUCCACCCAUCCUUGGUGAACGUCCACAUACAGCACCCUCCAGAGGCCGAGGUCCAGGUCCACCAAGUAGCUCGGGUCCAGCCUGGGCAGAGACCUGCCAUCACAGAGGGGGCUCACUCUGUCCAGCAACGCUCCCAGCCUGGGAAUGGACAUGACCCCACAAUUGAACACAGCAGCAGGCAUUCACAUACCAACGGGAACUGGAAUGGCCACGCCAGACCGCACAACCGCCAGAAUGGACAUGUGGGAAGAUGCUUUCAGGAAACAGUCGACGGACAGUGUGGCAAGCCUCUGCCAGGCCUAACCAAACAGGAUGAUUGCUGUGGAAGUGUGGGCGCCUCCUGGGGUCUCAACAAGUGCCAAAAGUGUCCAACCAAACCAGCAUACGCAGUGAUUGCAAAUGGACAAGUGGAAUGUUCCAAAGGUUUUAAAAGGAUGAAUCUCACACACUGUCAAGACAUCAAUGAGUGCCUGUUGCCUGGGAUCUGUAAGAAUGCUGAAUGUCUCAACACCAGGGGAAGCUACAGGUGCACGUGUAAACCCGGCUACAUGUUAGACGCCGCCAGGAGUCACUGUGUCUCGGACAAAGCUGUGUCUGACCUGAGGGCGCUGUGCUACCGGUCGGUGUCAGCGGGCACAUGCUCUCUGCCGCUUGCUCAACACAUUACCAAGCAGAUCUGCUGCUGCAGCCGAGUGGGCAAGGGCUGGGGCUCUGGGUGUGACCGCUGCCCUCUGCCAGGAUCAGACCAUUUCAAGGAGAUCUGCCCAGCUGGUCACGGAUAUACCUACUCGCGCUCAGAUGUGCAAAUUUCUCUCAGACAGCUGGAAGAAGAUGAUCUACAGAGCACAGGAGUAUCAUGGGAGGAGCAGAGUCCCACUUAUCCUCAGCCUCCAUCCUCCCAGCCUUCACUGCCGUUGCCCAGCAGGCCACAUUUCCCCAUCUACCCACAGACACCGCAAGUGCCCCAGUACCCUGAGUACCCUGAGACACCAGAAGCACCCCAGUACCCUCUGACUCCACAGCAGCCUCUCCAUCCCUCUCACCCAGACAGAGAGACACCUACACAGCCGGAAGAUAUGGAAAUUCUGAGCCCGCCAGCUGUUGUGACUGACUCACCACUGAAAUAUCCAGAGACUUCUCCAGACUCCUCCAUCGUCGACCUGAUGCCAGAUUCGAAGGAAACGACCCCAACAGACUCAGUCACAGGUGUUGACAAAUGUGCCACCACCCCCACCAUAUGUGGUCAUGGGAAAUGUAUUCCUGUGCAGACGGGCUACACCUGCCAGUGUGAACCAGGAUUCAAGCUCAGUGCGCUGCAGACCAACUGCAUUGAUGUGAAUGAGUGUGACGAGGACCCAUGUGAAGGGAAGGGCCGCUGUGUAAACAGCUAUGGCUCCUACACCUGUCAGUGCCACAGCGGCUACAGCCAAGUGAUCACCCAGAACAGGAAGUUCUGUCAAGACAUUAACGAGUGCAGCAUGCCCAACAAGUGCCAGAAUGGCAAAUGUGUCAACACAGAAGGAUCUUACACCUGUGAAUGCAACAGUGGCUACGCCAAGUCUUGGAGAGGCCUGUGCGAAGAUGUGGACGAGUGCAGGGAUCCCAGCUCCUGUCCUGACGGCGUCUGCGUCAACACUCUCGGCUCCUUCCAGUGCCAGGCCUGCGGCCCGGGCUUCAGGCCUGUCAGUGAAAGAUGUGUGGAUGUAAACGAGUGCUUGAACCAAACGAUGUGCGGUCAUGGUAGGUGUGUCAACACUGAGGGCUCCUAUAGGUGCAACUGUUUCCAAGGCUACCAACUCUCACCGGACAACAUUUGCCAAGAUGUGGAUGAGUGUGUGCUCCCGGGAGUCUGUCUCCACGGCCGCUGUGUCAAUCUGGAUGGCACCCACAAAUGCACCUGUAACCAUGGUUACCAAGUCACCUCAGACAGCAAAGCUUGUGAAGAUGUCAAUGAGUGCGCAACUGGUAAUGCAUGCCCUGCGGGAAUUUGCAUCAACACAGCAGGUUCCUACACUUGCCAGAACUGCAGGCCUGGGUUCGGACCAUCUGUUGAUGGACUGAGAUGUGAAGAUGUGGAUGAGUGUGCCCAGGCUGACUUGUGUCUGGGCGGAGUGUGUGCCAACACGGAGGGAUCCUACACCUGCACCAGGUGUAAGGCUGGCUACAGAGUGUCUCAAGACCGGCAGAGGUGUGAAGAUAUUGAUGAAUGCCAGUCCCUGUCUACCUGUGCCAACGGGAUCUGUCUAAACUCAGAAGGCUCUUACACCUGUGAGAACUGCCCUACAGGGUACACAGUAUCUUAUGACGGGGAGCUCUGCGAAGAUAUUGAUGAGUGUGCGCUGCCCACUACAUGCCCCCAGGGAACAUGUACAAACACAGGGGGUUCCUUCACAUGUAUCGUCUGUCAACCCGGUUUCAGAGUCUCUGAGGAUGGACAACAGUGUGAUGAUGUGGAUGAGUGCUCGGUGCCUAACGCGUGCCCAGGCCAGCUGUGCUUGAACACCCCGGGAUCCUACACCUGCAGGGGCUGUGGAGCCGGCAUGCAACUGACUGAGGACGGAUACAGCUGUGAGGACAUCGAUGAGUGCCAAACCCCAGGUGUGUGCCCCACGGGUGUUUGCACCAACACAGAAGGCUCCUUCUCCUGCAUGUCCUGCGACCCAGGCUUCACGGUGGCGCCCAAUGGGCUCUCAUGUGAAGAUGUGAACGAAUGUGAUGACACUAGCCUGUGUCUCGGAGGCCAGUGCACCAACAGCGACGGUUCUUAUAGCUGCUCCUGCCCUGCUGGUCUGGAGCUGGUGGAUGGGACGUCCUGCAGAGAUAUCAAUGAGUGUUUAACCAUCGUGGGAAUCUGCGGAGAAGGAGACUGUCUGAACACUGAGGGCUCCUACUCAUGCAUCUGUCCUGAUGGAUAUACCACCAUUGAUGGAAGGACCGGCUGCCAAGAUGUGGACGAAUGCAGCAAAGACAACGUGUGCAUUCGGGGGAACUGUCUCAACACUGAUGGCUCUUUCUUGUGCUUGUGUGAGGCUGGUUUCAAGUUCAACGCCGACAUGGCCGACUGUGAAGACCAGGAUGAGUGCAAAGAGUUUGGAGGCUCAGUGUGUGGUACCUGGCGCUGCGAGAACACCAUCGGCUCCUACCGGUGCUUCAUGGGCUGCCAGCCAGGCCUUGAGGGAGAAGACACCACAGACUGUGAUAUUAAUGAGUGCCUCAAUGAAACCAUCUGUGGGAACCACGGCUUCUGCGAGAACACAGAUGGCUCCUUCCGCUGCCAGUGUGACCAAGGCUACACCAACCCGCCGGGAGACAUGAGCAGAUGUGUUGACGUGAACGAGUGCGAGAUGAGCUUGGCGCUGUGCGGGGAGGCCCUGUGUGAGAACGUCGAUGGCAGCUUCCUGUGCAUCUGCCCCAACGACAAUGAGGAAUUUGAUCCCAUCACCAGCCAGUGCCGCUCCCUGGAUACUACCCCGGAAGUCGCUCCUGAAGUCCCUCCAUCUGCUACCUCAGCUGAGGAGAGGAAGGAGUGUUACUACAACUUGAAUGAUGCCAACUUCUGCGACAACGUUUUGUCUCGCAACACCACCAAGCAGGAGUGCUGCUGCACGGUUGGGGCGGGCUGGGGGGACAACUGCGAGAUCCACGCCUGCCCUGUGCCAGGAAGAGAUGAUUAUAACCAGUUGUGCCCUCAUGGUAGUGGAUUAUUACCUCUGCCUGUUUCUUCUACACAAACUCUGGGAGAACAGCGUCCUUACAUAGAUGCAAAUGAGUGUGAGAUGUUUGGAUCAGACAUUUGUAAGAAUGGACAGUGUUCAAAUCUCUUCUCUACCUACACCUGCUACUGUCGCUCUGGCUUCUACUACGACAACAUCCGGCUUGAGUGUGUGGAUUACGAUGAGUGUGAAUUUGGAAAUGCCUGUGAGGAUGGAGCGUGUGUGAACACGGCCGGCUCUUUCAACUGUUUCUGCAGUCCUCCAUUAGUCUUGGACAGCACACGGCGCCGCUGCAUUGGCCUCAACACCACAGAGGAAACUAUAGAGCCUGAUCACGAUGUGCACAUGGAUAUUUGCUGGCAGCGUCUGGAGGGCGGCAACAUGUGUGCAGAACCCCUCCAGGGACGCAGGACGACGUACACUGAGUGUUGCUGCCUGUACGGCAUCGCCUGGAGUGGACAGUGUGCAUUCUGUCCCAGGAGAGACUCUGAUGACUAUGCAAUCAUGUGCAACCUGCCCCGGAGAGGAGGUUCAGACAGCCUGCGGGAGCGGCAAGGAUACGAGUACGGACUUGAGGGGCCAGAGGAUACUGCGGAGCCUUUUGUUCCUCCAUACUGGGACAGUUACGGCAGCCCUGCAGGACCCUAUGACAUUCCUGAAAGCGUUCCUUUCUUCAACGACAAUGACUACAGCGUUCAACAGCCACCUGUCCCAGUCCCACGACCACGGGAGCACCAGCCACGACCAGUGGAUUCUUAUGCAGAGCGCUACGAGGGCUUUGAGGGACUCCAAGCAGAGGAAUGUGGAGUCCUGAAUGGAUGCGAAAACGGCCGCUGCGUGCGCGUGCGAGAAGGCUACACCUGCGACUGCUUCGACGGUUACGAGCUUGACCUAAACAAGAUGGCCUGUAUAGACAUAAACGAAUGUGAGGACAUCAGCGACAAGGUGCCCUUGUGUCAGAAUGGGCAGUGCACCAACACAGAGGGAUCGUACAAUUGCACCUGUUUGCCGGGCUUCGUGGCCUCUGCCCAACCACACAAAUGCAUCCCAACGAUCCCUGAGUCUGAGCUUAGGGAGACAGGAAACUGAGACAGUGACUGUUGGAGCGCUGGCUCCUCCUGCUCCCUCAAAGAUCACCUUACACACCCUUCUGCCCUCUUCCCCGAGGGCCUGGCACUAAACCUCCAACAGUAACGCUGAAUCGUCCAAACUUGUUUCCCUACAGACAUACACACACACACACACACACACACACACACACACACACACACUGCAUUUAGCACAAAGCACAUCCAUAUCCGCUUCAUAUACACUCAAGAGGACCAGGAAUACAGUGCAGUGAAUGUAUUACAUGGGAUUUAGUAUUCACCAGAUAUCCAUUUGCCUUAAAGGGAUUUUGUGGACUGAUUUUUUUUUUGUUCAGUAACCCCAGGCAAUUUGAUAUACAGAUAUAUUUCCAUAUUAUUUCUCUGUCACUUCUUUUUUUGUUGUGUUAUUUAUUUCAUCUACAUGGCCUCUGCAAACUAAGAAAGCAACCUAUUUUCAGAGGGCAUACUUGGUUCCGUUUUAUUUUAUUUGUCUCAACAAUUGAUUCAGAGACAGUGUGGGGAGAUAAUAAUUGUCUUUUCAGCCACUCAUAAAACAGCUUGUACAUCACUGUCAAACCUCUUAACAAUAUUUUCUCACUCAGUAAUUGUAAUUAUCUUUGGCUUUGGACUAAAUGGAUGCCAAGGUUGACAAACGGCACAAAUUCGAAGAACAAACUUUUCCCACAGCUGCCUUUCUGUACUUCAAGAUUUACUACAAGCUGAAGUUGAAGAAUCUCUGGACCAAGAACUGGGAAGUCAGCACAGCCAAACUUUCACAUUAAAAGCUUCAGCCUUUUACGUGGACAUGGAAAGACUGUAGAUGUAUAUGAUGGUCUAUGUAAUGUUUUGAAAAAGGUGCAAUAGCUGUAACCUGCCUUCCUCUGUUUUGAAACCAUUACCACAAUUGUAAUACAAGCAAUGAAGUAGGAAAACAUGGACUCAAUCCCAAUUAUUAUUUUUUCUUUUUAACAGUAUUAACAUGCACCAUGACUUAUCGAAGUUUGGUUCUAGCCUUACUUCUGAAAUUAUAAGAAGGUACGUCGCUUGAAAUCAUCCACAUAUAUCACUGCUUUAACCGUAAGAUUGGUUUUAUACUCCAGCAUCACACAGGCAAAAGGAUUUCACAUUCAGCUGCAAUGCAAUUGGAUCCCACAUCUCACAUCAGACCAUUCCCAUCUGUGCAUAUCUGAAUGCGUGUAAAGACAAAGGCUUCGUUGGAGAGGUUUGGUUUAUUUUGUACAGAUCUAGUACUAUGUAUUAUUUUUGUUACAUAUUCUCUUAAUGCAUUAUAGCACAACCAAUAUUUUUGUUUGACAUAAAGCAUAAAGUGUAAGAAAAAUCUGGCAUUAUAGCUUUGUAGAUUUAUACAUGUCUGUAAAAAUGUUUUUUAAAGCAUAUCUUUUUAUGUAUGAGGAGAGUGGCUGACACUGUACCAGAAGAACUGUGUGUAUACCCUGCCCUGUGGAGCAGACAAUGAAAUAUAUUUUUUGGAAGUGGCAGCACUGUUCUAAUCACAGACAUUUUGUCUCUUAAAGUUCAUUACAAAGACAAUGCUUUUGAAAUGCAAGCACCAGCUUAUGUGCGUCACAACUUUAUGGCUAAAUAUUAGUAAUUGUGAACAUUAUUUCUUUUAGUCUCUGUUGGAUCCUUUUGUCAUGAAUGUACCAUAGACAGUAUCAGCCUACUCAUUUGGUUUUCUGAAUUCCUUCUCAUCCCUUUUUGUCUUUUAUAUUCAGGUUUAAGAAAAUGAUGGCAUUAUUUGUCUAAAGGACUGAACUUCUCUCAAGAAAGCUCAGCAGCAACAUAAAAGUUUGAUUGUAACUUUGGAGGAUGACUUAUGCCCUUAACCUGCAUUCAUAAAUUACAAACCUACAGUUGUACAGAUGCUUCCACUUGAUGUCCACUGUAUUUUACUGUGCUGUUCAAAUCAUUGCCUGAACCGGACCAGAAGUCUAACAUUUAGGACAAAGUUGGGAUAUUUAAAGCCUCUCAAAACCACAAAUAACUUGGGAUAAAUGUCUUGUUGUAAAUCUGUGGUCAUUGGAAAUAUCAUGCUCAUUCAUUUUGUUUACCUCUUGACUGUAAUCACUAUCAGUCAUCAAAAUAAAAACAUAAAAAAUA